UUUGGAAAAAAUUCGAAUGAAAAAGGAUAGUAAUCGUUGCGAUCGCGUUUCUGAACCACUUUGUACUUAUAUUAUCUUGCGAACCAUAUUCUGUCUCGUGGUCCAAAACUGAAUCUUUCAAUUCGCUGAAAUGUUUGGUCUUAUUGUGGCGGGACGUUUGGUUCAAACAGACUUUCAACAAAUAUCAGAGGCACAGUUUGCCAUUACCAUUCCCGAUGCUGAUAACAUCAAUCAUUUAGUUGUGUUUUUAACUGGCACUGUACCAUUUCCAGAUGGAUUUGGUGGAUCAGUGUACUUCCGAUGGCCAGAGCCAGAUCUAGCAACACCACCAGUAUGGCAACUUCUAGGCCACCUCACAAACACUAAGCCAUCAAACAUCUACAAAAUCACUGGGUUGAAGAAGAAUCCAGGUGGUUUCAAUCCAAGUCCAUUCGGACAGAAUCAGGGUGGAAUACAUCACCAUGCUCAAAUAGGCAUAUCCAUUGAUCCUCUUAGUCUAAUUUCCACACAAUCCCCUAGUGCCAUUGCAGAACCAUCAAACACUACAACGUUUCAAGAAUUUGCUGAGCGAACUAUUCAACAUCUUUUCAAUUUUGUGGCGAGUUUUGGUGUCACACAAUCUCAGAUGACACCCAAUCCCACAGAAACUUACAUACCCAUGUCUGCAUUAAGAAACUGGUAUACUAACUUCACCAGAAAACUAGAACUGAAUCCUCAGUUCUGGAGAACCUGAAGCUCAUUGAAUAAUCAUUAUUUGAUGAAAUCAUAAUUGUUACCAUGUGUUCAAUACCUCCUCCUUUUGAGAAUAAA